AUGGCUGCUGUGUUGGAUGAAGUCGGCAAGUCCGCCGAAAAAUUAGUAGAUGAAGAAAAAGACGAAAUCAUUGACGAGGAAGAUGAAACUGGCGCAGUAGAAGCUUCGAAGAAGAAAAAGAAGAAGAAAAAGAAGAAGAAAGCUGGUGACAUAGAUGCAAUAGAAAAUGAUGCAGAAACAGACGAUGCCAAGAAAAAGAAAAAGAAACGUAAAUCACGUGGAAAAGCUGGAGGUCCUAAGCAACAAACAGAUCCUCCGACUAUUCCUGUAUCAGAAUUGUUCCCAGAUGGGAAUUUUCCAAUUGGUCAAAUAAUGGAUCAUCCUCCCGCUGCAGGAGUAGAUGACAGAACAGCUAAAAAUCGUUUUUCUAGCGAAGAAGCACGUGCCUUCGAUAGAAUGCAUAACGAUAUCUAUAAUGAAGCAAGGCAAGCAGCUGAAGCUCAUAGGCAAACAAGAAAACAUAUUAUGAAAUGGGUGAAACCUGGAAUGACAAUGAUAGAAAUUUGCAAUGAGUUGGAAAACACGGGCAGAAAAUUGAUAGGAGAAGAUGGAUUAAAAGCUGGGCUAGCAUUUCCAACUGGCUGCUCAAGAAAUCAUUGUGCAGCUCAUUAUACUCCAAACGCUGGAGACCCGACCGUUUUGGAAUACGACGAUGUAACCAAGAUAGACUUUGGUACACACAUUAACGGAAGAAUCAUCGAUUGUGCAUUUACAUUAGCGUUCAAUCCGAAAUACGAUAAACUCAUCGAAGCAGUUCGUGAUGCUACAAAUACUGGGAUUAAAGCUGCUGGUAUUGAUGUUCAGCUAUGUGACGUUGGUGCAGCGAUCCAAGAAGUUAUGGAGUCGUACGAAGUAGAAUUAGACGGCAAAACUUAUCCUGUAAAAUCCAUAAGAAAUCUUAAUGGUCAUUCAAUCGCUCCGUAUCGUAUCCACGCUGGAAAAACUGUACCGAUAGUUAAAGGAGGUGAAGCUACCAGAAUGGAAGAGAAUGAAUUCUAUGCCAUUGAAACUUUCGGAUCUACUGGGAGAGGAAUCGUUCACGAUGAUCUAGAUUGUUCUCAUUAUAUGAAGAGCUUCGAUGCCGGUUUCGUUCCACUGAGAUUACAAAGCAGUAAAUCGCUACUCAAUGUCAUCAACAAGCAUUUCGGUACUUUGGCUUUCUGCAAGCGAUGGUUAGAUCGUGUUGGUUGCACAAAGUAUCAAAUGGCUCUGAAGGAUCUAUGUGAUAAAGGUGCGGUAGAGGCUUAUCCACCUUUGGUCGAUGUCAAGGGAUGUUACACUGCUCAAUUCGAGCAUACUCUCGUUCUACGUCCAACGUGUAAAGAAGUUAUUUCUCGCGGAGAUGAUUACUGA